AUGUACUCAAGCUUUGGAGGCGGGUAUGAUCCCGCUAACCCGGAGCACCUCUACAACAUGGCUCGCCAUGGACGACGACCAAUCGUGCAGCGCUUCGACGAAUACUACCGAUGCUAUCCUCUUAUCAUGGCCCCCGGCGCCGAACGACCAGAGCUCAACUACGGUUCCAAAAUAAUUCUACCACCUUCGGCCCUUGACAAAGUCUCUAAGCUCCACGUGCAGUGGCCUCUGCUCAUGGAGCUAAUCAACGGGGAGAAAGGACGACACUCGCACGCUGGUGUACUAGAAUUUAUUGCCGAGGAGGGACGAGCAUAUAUUCCUCAAUGGAUGAUGGAAACACUAGGAAUGGAUGUUGGAGAUAUGAUCCAGAUCCGAACUACAUCCUUGGAGCUGGCCAAGAUGGUCAAACUACAGCCUCAGUCCGUCAACUUCCUUGAGAUUAGUGAUCCCAAGGCUGUCUUGGAGAAGGCAUUCCGAAACUUCGCCACCCUGACCAAGGGCGAUGUUUUUAACUUUGCCUAUAACGAUGAAGUCUACGAUGUAGCUGUGCUCGAUGUCAAGCCCGAGACCGACAAGAUGGGAGUCAGUAUGAUUGAAACCGAUGUAUCAGUAGAGUUUGCUCCACCAGUCGGAUACGUUGAGCCCGAACGCAAGAGCGGAACAAGCACACCCAGAAGCACACGAGGCGGUGCUCCUGCUGGAGGUCUGCUGCACAACCAAGGAACCAUGGCCCAGGCCAUCAACUACAAUGCUAUUGCUCCGUCAGUAACAAGCAAUGUGACAAACUUCCUUGGAGAGGGCCAGAAGCUUGCCAAGAAGGGUAGCAAGGCAUCAACACCCAAGCCAGCAACUCCAGUUCCCACAGUGGAGAUUCCAGGCAUGCCUAAGCGGCGUGAUGGUGCCCCUGCAGCUCUCCGUCUGCCCCCUAACAAGCUUUUCUUCGGUUACGAGAUCAAGCCUGUCAAGACGGAUGCUGACAAGGAGAAGGAGAAGGAGAGUGCCAACGGGCCUCAUUUCGCCGGUCAAGGUCAAACACUCCGGGGCGCUGUUAAGAGAAAGGGCGAAGGAGAUGACAAGACCAAGGCUCCCGAGAAGAAGGGCACCGGUGAAGGGAACAGAUUGGACGGACGACGGCCGAGAUAG